UUCCCUUGUCUCCUCCCUCCACUUCUUUUACCCUUCCCCUUCCUUUCCGUCUGUCUCCUACUUCUCUCUCUCUCUCUCUCUCUUUCUCUCUCUCUUUCUCAUAUCCUCAAGAACCUGAUCAUGAAGGAGGAACAGGAAGAAGAAAAGCACGAGAUAGUAGAAGAGACUAUACCGUCUCUUCCAAGAGACUACCUUAAAAAGGUCUAUGCCGGUGUCCUUGGCAAGCUGAUCGGGGUAUACAUGGGUCGCCCGUUCGAGGGAUGGACACAUCAGCGUAUCCUCGCCGAGCUGGGACAUGUCCGGUACUAUGUCAACGAAAAACUAAAUCUCCCUAUAGUCGUCACGGAUGACGACAUCUCCGGCACCUUUACAUUCGUAAGGGCGCUAGAGGAACAUUAUACUCGCAAUCAUGACCCUAUUCAACAUCAGGAAAACGACGAUGAGAACGGAGACAAGAUGCAAAUCACAGAAGCCCUAGAAACAUCAGAAACCUCUAAAAGUUCUAGAUCCUCUAGCGCCCUUAUUACCACACAAGAGGAUCCUAUUACCGCUGAACAGAUCGGAAAGACGUGGCUCAAUAAUGUGAUCAAAGACCGCACAGUCUUUUGGUGGGGCGGCAACGGUGUGUCGACUGAGCAUACGGCCUUCUUAAACCUACGAAAGGGAAUCAAGGCACCCCACAGCGGCUCGAUACAGACAAACGGCCGUACGAUCGCCCAGCAGAUCGGCGCUCAGAUAUUUAUUGAUGGAUUUGCCAUGACGGCACCGGGAGAGCCAGCUUUAGCCGCUCGGCUCGCAGGAGCAGCAGGCUCGGUGAGCCACGAUGGAGAGGCCGUAUACGCAGCGCAGCUCUGGGCUGCCAUGGAGGCUGAAGCUUUUUUCUCCAAGGACGUGAAUCAUCUAUUAGAUACCGGACUCAGCUUCGUACCCUCAGACUCGCUUAUAGCCGCAUUAGUUGAAGACGUGCGUGCGUGGUGCGAGGACGACGACGAUUGGAUGUACACGCGACGAAAAAUUGAGAAGAAAUACGGGUACGACAAGUUUACAGGAUUCUGCCACGUGGUACCCAACCACGGUAUCAUGAUCAUGUCGUUAAUAUACGGAGGGCAUGACUUCGCCGAAGCCAUGCAUAUUGUGAAUACAUGCGGUUGGGAUACGGAUUGUAACUCGGGAAACGUUGGAUGUCUGGUUGCUAUCAUGCACGGGCUGGCGGCGUUUGAUUCCGAAAAUUAUGACUGGCGAGGACCGUUAGCUGAUCGUGCUCUGAUCUCGAGCGCAGACGGCGGGUACUCUAUCAAUAACGCCUCGAAUAUCGCUUACGACAUUGUAAACAUGGGCCGGAAGCUCGCAGGAGAAGAAGCUCUUGCACCCCCGAAACAAGGCGCGCAGUUUCACUUUAGCCUACCAGGGGGGGUUCAGGGGUUCUAUGUUCAUGAUCAUGGCGGAAAAGGGCAGGGAAGAAACACCAGGAACGCCAUCACCAGGGGCAAAAGCUCUAGCCUAAGAAUUUUCAUUUAUCAGACAAAAGAGGUAGUAAUUCUGACAGAUACUUUCGUUCCGCCGAGCGAUCGUCAAAUGAGUAUCUACGGGCUAACCGCCUCACCGCUAGUAUAUCCCGGACAAGUUCUCAGCGCCUCACUGAAACCCUCUUCUAAUCCUGAUCAGCGUUGUGGCAUAUCGGCAAAACUAAUUCUAAGGGCUUAUACGCACGAGGAUAAUCUCGUGGACCUUUCUAGCGAUUAUAUCGAACUAAAUAAAGCUGAUCCUCAGGUUUUGCAAUGGAGGGUUCCGGCGAGUUUAGGCUGCCGACCGGUUCAGGCUGUGGGUGUAGCUAUAUGCACCGGGAACGGCGGUUCCGGGGUUAUAUGGCUAGACUAUCUACGAUGGGACGGCACUCCAGCCCUCGUCCUUGAACCAGGUGAAGACCGGGAUGGGCCCCGGACCUUCUACAAGCGGUCCUUUGUCAAUGGCGCCGACGUGUUCGACAUUUCUAGCGGCACGUUUGUGGUAGCCCAGGACCAAGGUGAAGGCAUCGUCAGCUACGGCACGCGAGACUGGACAAAUUACAGGGCCAUAUUCAGGGACUUCACUGUCAACAUGGGCGGGCCGGCCGGUGUUGCUGUGCGGGUACGAGGGCUGAAUAGAUACUACGCGCUGCUCUUCCAUAAGGGCAGCGUCGAUAUUAACAGUUCAAAAAACCGCAUAGCGCUAGUCAAAGCUCUCGAUUACGAGCGCGUUGAAUUAGCUAGCGUGGAUUUCGACUGGCAGUACGAUAUACAGUAUAGCGUGACUUUCAAAGUGUCAGGCGACUUGUUGCAUGCCCGAGUUGGCAAAACCGAGCUCUCGGCACGCGACGCGCAGUAUCCAGGCGGCGGAAUAGGAAUGGUGGUGACCGACGGCUCGAUACUAACGAGGAGUAUCAAAAUUGGUCCCUUGGUAUAGCUAACUGGGUAAAUGGAGGAAGAGGGUAUGGUUUCAUGGGCUACUACGACAAAGGUACGACCGUGUUAAGGGCCUGGAUAGGUUGGAAACCCUUCUUUACUACCUAGGUAGGUAGGUAGGUAGGUAGGUAGGUAGGUAGGUAAGAAAUAAGACUGAAAAUCGACGGAGCCUUUAUUUUAGGAUGAAAAGUGAGCGUAGAAAAGAGGAAGGUCUAUUGGAUACAUCAAUGAGGGUAGGCGAGGUUAUAGGGAGGAAAUGGAGGUUAUCUGGCAAGACAAAUCAAUAGGAUCAAAACAUUAACUCAACCACACACAAAUUGUAACCCGG